GCUCGCUCGCUGCUACUGAGGAUCAGUAGCCAGCUGUGUGUGCGAGUGGGCUCGCCGGAAGGACUGCCGGCCGGCGAUCGAGGAGAAGAUAGAGCGAACGGAGGCCGGCCUGAUGGAGGAGGGCCUGCCGCCGGGGUUCAGGUUCCACCCGACGGACGAGGAGCUGGUCACGUACUACCUCACCCGCAAGGUCUCCGACUUCGCCUUCGCCACCCGCGCCAUUGCCGACGUCGAUCUCAACAAGUGCGAGCCAUGGGAUCUCCCCAGCAAGGCAAGCAUGGGGGAGAAGGAGUGGUACUUCUUCAGCAUGCGGGACCGGAAGUACCCGACGGGGAUCAGGACGAACCGCGCCACGGAGUCGGGCUACUGGAAGACGACCGGGAAGGACAAGGAGAUCUUCCAUGGCGGGAUGCUGGUGGGGAUGAAGAAGACGCUGGUGUUCUACCGCGGGAGGGCGCCCAAGGGCGCCAAGACCAGCUGGGUCAUGCACGAGUACAGGCUGCAGACCAAGUUCCCCUACAAGCCCUCCAAGGACGAGUGGGUCGUCUGCCGCGUCUUCAAGAAGUGCCAGCUCCUCAAGAUCCGCCCGCCGAUGGCGCACGACGACGACGGCGCCGAGCACCACCUCGUGGACGAUGGUUCCCCGUGCGGCGGCGGCGGAGGCCAUGCGGGUGGCUCGUCGUCGCUCGGCGACCUCGGGGAGCUCGACGUCUCCUCCAUCCUUGGCGGCUUCGCGUCGUCGGCCAACGCUGCGCCGCUCUGCCAUGGCGGCGGCGGCGGCGGCGAGAGCUUCGGCGCGCACAGGCUGGACGUCGGCGCGUACAUGAGCUGGCUGCAGGCGGCGGCCAACCAGGCGGGCGCGGCGGCCAUGCUCCCGUGGCCGGCGCAGGGGCUGCUGGGCACCGUCUUCGCGGCUGCGCACAGGGCGGCGGUGGCGCUGCCGUUCGGCGCCGGGUGCAGCCAGGCGCGGGACGUGGGCGUCUCUCUGGCGAACGUCGGAGCCGAUGCGUUGUUUGGCGGCGCGCUGUCGGCCAAGGUGGACAUGGAGUGCGGCGAGCAGGCGGCGCACCUGGACAUGGACGACGCCACAUGGAGAGCCUUCUGAACGCAUCGACAUCGCAUCGGAUAACUAAGCAAACUCUACACGUAUUACGUCGUUAUAUUGUACUAAAUAUAUAUAUACCAGAUGGAGAAUUAAUGUGGUCGUCAUCCAAGAUAUGUACACAGUACAGUUCUUAGGGGAAUAUAUUGUUGCGUUAAUUAGGCAGACGAAAUUAAUGGGACAUGAAACCCAUAGUGUCAAAAACCUUGAAAGACAAAGUGAAUUUUUUUUUAACUGUACGUGUAGU